GAGCCGGACCUGGCGUUGUGUAGUCGGUGAUCCGAGCUAACUGCUACAGAGCUAAUAUGUAAAGAACCCUCUAAGGUUCGGCUCAUGGUCGGUUUUGGAUUGGCUCUCACCGCCUUAGUAGGUUCAGGCGGACCAGCAGAAUCUCGGAACCAUUACUGAACGGAGCUUGGAACGGGUUUUAAUUGUGUCUGGACUCGUUCUAUCCGUGACCUACUUUCUGUCUUGGUUCGAACCGAACCUGAUCCAACCCAGGGAUUGAGUUCACUGAUCUACGAGUAAGCCUGUAAGGCAGUUCGGUCCGAAAACUCAGGUAGUGGGUCAGAACCGGUUUUAAUGUUUAAUCCGUUUCCAAAAUAAGAGUUUGUGAAAUGUGACGUCAUAGAGAGCUUUAAUGUUGAUGAGGAGGGAGGGGCAGUUUAUUGUAGAUGACGUCACUGAAUAAUAUGGUGAUCAGGAAUCACAGCAUGGACCCUGAGCAGAACCAAGCACACUCUAAAGCAGAUGCAGGAACAUCAUCUUGGUUCCGACCACGAUGGCUCGGAAAAACCUCCGGUUGUCUUCAGUAAACAUGAUUUUGACUGAGAUGGUUCCAGGUGAUGAUCCGCUAGGGUUCUGUUCAGCGUUGGGAAUCAGCACAAAUGAUGGAGAUCAAUAAUGAAGCCAAUCAGAAACCACAGUCACUGAGCUUACUCUGUGUGCAGGACAGUAAAGUUCUGAAAAUGUUCUUUAAAACACCAGCCCGGAAGACCGAUUAAUACAUGCCUCCUGCUGGUCAGGUGAGGUGAUGCAGCAGGUGUAGCCCCGUUUCCUCACAGACAUCACCUGCAGACAUGGCCUUGAUCUCCUUGGAUGACCUCGAGGGAUUGGAUGACGAGCAACUGGAUGAUGACAUCAAUGACGACCCUGAGCCAAUGGAUGAAGAGGAGAGAGAGCGGCUGCUGAGCCACUGGCAGGCAGUGGCCAGCACCCAUCAGGUGUCGGUUCCUGCAGAAAUGACCGGGCCCAUCCAGGAAAUGACCCGAAACAGCCAGCAGAGGGAGCCCCUCUCCUUCGUCCUCGUCGCUCGCCAUGAGAAGAUGGGCGAGGUUCUGUAUGAGGAGCGGCUCUACCCAGCAGGGAACUGGGCCACCGUGACUAGCGGGGAGAAUCUGUACGAGCAGAGCAUCUCAAUGGCCUUCAUGAAACUAAUGCGCUUCAUCUGCAAGGAGAACUCUUCAGGUAGAUACCUGGGGUUGACGGUACCUGUCGUCAGCAGUAUCCAGAUGAUGAAGGAUGCAGAGACGUUUGAUAAGAACAUAGAGACGGCGUUCUUCCUUCCCACUGAGUUCCAGAGCAGUGCGCCACACUCCUCAGACCCUGACAUCAGCAUCACCUACAGGGAGCCAAUCAGAGUGAUUGCAAGGACGUUCUACGGGACAACCACGGAGCAGACUGUGAGCUGGCAGAUCCGUCUCCUGUGGGAGCUCCUCGACCUUGGCGACGCCUUCCACUGCGAGCGCUACAUGGUGGCCGUGUACGACAACCCUGGAGCGCUGCAGCGCCGUAACGAGAUCUGGUUCAUCGGCAGAGACUAGUAGGGUCAACCCACAACACUCACCUGUUUAUUAAAUGGACCAAUCAGAGCCCUCUGCUUUGCACACAGCUCCUGGUCCUCCCAUUGGCUCUCACAUACAGGAAGUUCAUUUGACUGGUUGCUGCUGGAACAAGGUUCAACUUCCUGCUCCCUGACAAUGACAUCAGUGCUCUGCAACAGCGUGAUGUUACUCCCUGUCUCCCAAUAUGGUGAAGUCAGUUCCUGUUCCUGGCAGAGUAUGAUGUCACUUCCUGCUUGAUGUCAAUUUCUGCUUCUGUCCAACACAGUGACUUCACGUCCUACUAUCAAUGCAGUGACAUCACUUCUGGCUACCAACACUGUUGCUUCCUGCCCUGUACAUACUAGGAAGUACUGUACAGUGUACAGUUUUCUAUUGUGGUGUGGUUGAGUAUUCUGUAGUACGUGUUGUAGAACUGUGCAGUACUGUGUAUGCUUUGGUAUGUCAGGAGCCAGACUCUGAAUCAUGUUUCUCUGCCACUGUCAUUGAUGUGUUUAAUGUCAGGUCAUGAAAUCAGAAACCAGACUUUCAGCGGAUCUUUUUGAUGUCAGACUGUUUUUUUUCUUUCUGUAUAAAAAUAUUUAAAUAAAUUUGCCUGAAAUUAACUGGAGGUGUGAACUUUAAGAGCUUUAUACUAAAUGUACUGUACUUUGAUGAUCAUUUUUAUGCUUAUGCAGAACAAAAAACAAGCGAAUACGAGUUGAUCACACUUGCAGAAGUUUCUGAUUUGCAUCCUUUAGAUGUUAUGAGGAGUUUUGGCACCAAAGAGUUGUAUGUGUCCCCAAAAUACAAAAUCUUGUACCUUGGUUGAUGACUGUACUGGAUUGUAAAUAUAUGAUUAUUAUUGGAAGGGACAGGGAUUCUUUUUCAUUAUUUCUUUUAUGAAAUUUAUUGCCCUGUUUUCCAUUGAUGUUCACUGAAUGUUAGAAAACAUAUUUUAUUACACAGAUGGUUAGGGAUUUUUAAAAAGGUUUGGUGUUAAUGCCUUAGAAAAAUUGGUAUUUUGUUUGCUUGACUUUGUGAUAUGAAUUUAUUUUAAAACUUUUUUAAAUAUUUGAGCUGCCCCAGCAUUAUUGUUGUAACAUACUUAAUUGUAAUAAAAGUAUCUCUAAUAUCCUCAAA